AGAGAAACAAGAUCUCCUGUCCACAGAUGCUCCCUGGAUCUGGCCCUUAAGCUUGCUGGUUUCUAUUUUCAGUGGGCUGAGGGCCAUGUCAGUUUUCUGCCACCUACAGGACAGACCAUGAAGCUGAAGGAACUUGAGCGGCCAGCUGUCCAAGUGUGGAGCCCAGCCAGCCAGUACCCUGUGUAUCUGGCCACAGAAACAUCCGCCCAGCAGCUAGAUGCCUCGUUUAGCACAAAUGGCACGUUGGACAUCUUUGAGGUUGAUUUCAGGGACCCUUCUUUGGACUUGAAACACAAGGGAGUCCUUUCUGCCUCAAGCAGGUUCCACAAGCUGAUCUGGGGGAGCUUUGGCAAUGGGCUUCUGGAAGGCUCCGGGGUUAUUGCAGGCGGCGGGGACAAUGGCAUGCUUACUCUAUACAAUGUGAUCCACAUCCUGUCUUCGGGGAAGGAGCCUGUGAUUGCCCAGAGACAGAAGCACACGGGUGCUGUCAGAGCCCUCGACUUUAAUCCUUUCCAGGGCAACCUCCUGGCCUCAGGGGCCAAUGAUUCUGAAAUCUUCAUUUGGGAUUUGAAUAACCUGAGUGUGCCAGUGACCCCAGGAUCCAAGUCACAGCAGCCCCUAGAAGACAUCAAGGCACUCUCUUGGAACCGGCAAGUUCAACACAUUCUGUCUUCUGCUCACCCCAGUGGCAAGGCAAUUGUGUGGGAUCUCAGGAAGAAUGAACCUAUCAUUAAAGUCAGUGAUCACAGCAAUAGGAUGCACUGCUCAGGACUGGCCUGGCACCCAGACAUAGCCACCCAGUUGGUGCUAUGCUCAGAAGAUGAUCAUCUCCCAGUGAUUCAGCUGUGGGACUUGCGUUUUGCCUCCUCGCCCCUGAAGGUGCUGGAGAGCCACAGCAGGGGGAUCUUGUCAGUGUCAUGGAGCCAGGCUGAUGCUGAGCUGCUGCUCAGUAGUGCCAAAGACAACCAGAUCUUAUGCUGGAACCUGGGGAGCAGCGAGGUGGUAUAUAAGCUACCCACACAGAGCAGCUGGUGCUUUGAUGUGCAGUGGUGCCCUCGAGACCCUGCGGUGUUCUCUGCUGCCUCCUUCGAUGGCUGGAUCAGUUUGUACUCUGUGAUGGGUAGGAGCUGGGAAGUCCAGCAGAUGAGACAGGCUGACAAGAUCUCUUCUUCCUUCAGCAAAGGCCAGCCUCUCCCACCAUUGCAGGUGCCAGAGCAAGUAGCCCAAGCAUCAUUGAUACCUCCCUUGAAAAAACCCCCCAAAUGGAUGAGAAGGCCAGCAGGCAUUUCAUUUGCUUUUGGGGGGAAGCUGGUUACCUUUGGCCUCCCCAGCACACCUGCCCAUCAGGUGCCACAGCCUUGCCUUAUCAGCCUAGUCUUUAUCAGUCAAGUCACCACAGAAUCUGAAUUCCUGAUGCGGUCAGCUGAGCUGCAGGAGGCCCUGGGAUCAGGAAAUCUCCUGAAUUAUUGUCAGAACAAGAUCCAGCAAACAUCACUGCAAAGUGAAAAGAUGCUCUGGCAGUUCCUGAGGGUGACCUUAGAGCAAGACUCCAGAGUGGAAUUCCUAAAGCUCUUGGGAUACAGUAAAGAUGAACUUCAAAAGAAGGUGGCCACGUGGUUGAAGAGUGACGUGGGGCUGAGUGAGAGCCCUCAGCUCAAGGGAGAUGACCUCAGCAGUAACAGACAGCAGGCCUUCUGCAGCCAGGCCUCCAAACACACCACAGAGGAAGCCUCUGCCUCCUCAACCUUCUUUGAUGAGCUGGUCCCUCAGAACAUGACUCCAUGGGAGAUCCCCAUCACAGAAGACACUGACGGACUGCUGAGCCAGGCUCUCCUGCUUGGAGAACUGGGCCCUGCUGUGGAACUGUGUCUGAAGGAAGAGCACUUUGCUGAUGGCAUCAUCCUGGCCCAGGCUAGGGGCACAGAUCUGCUAAAGCAAACACAGGAGCACUACUUGGCCAAGAAGAAAACCAGAAUCUCCUCGCUUAUAGCCUGUGUUGUGCGGAAGAAUUGGAAGGAUAUGGUGUGUUCCUGUAGCCUGCAGAACUGGAGAGAGGCACUGGCCUUGCUACUGACAUACUCAGAGCCAGAAAAAUUCCCUGAGCUUUGUGGCAUGCUGGGUACUCGCAUGGAGCAGGAGGGCGGCAGGGCACUAACCUCUGAAGCCAGACUCUGUUAUGUGUGCUCAGGGAGUGUGGAGCGGCUGGUGGAGUGCUGGGCAAAAUGCCAGCAGGCUUCAUCGCCCAUGGCUCUACAGGACUUGAUGGAGAAGGUGAUGGUCCUUAACAGGAGCUUGGAGCUACUACGGGGUCCUAAUGGCAUGAGCCCAGGUCCUGCCACAACCUACAGGGUCACUCAAUAUGCCACCUUCCUGGCAGCCCAGGGCAGCCUGGCCACUGCCAUGAGCUACCUACCUACUGACAGUGCUCAGCUACCAAUUCAGCAGCUGAGAGAUCGGCUUUUUCACGCUCAGGGUUCUGGUGUCCUGGGCCAAUCGUCUCCUCCUUUCCCCUUCCCCCGGGUUGUUGUGGGAGCUACCCCUCACUCGAAAGAUACAUCAUCUUACAGAUCAGGAUUCCAGCCUUAUCACCAGGUUCCAACUCCAUCUCCAAGGCCAAGAAUUUUCACACCUUGGUCAUCACUGAUGAUGUCCUUGACACCUUCUCAUCAUAGCCCUUAUCAGGACUCCAGAAUGCAGAAUACAAGUGACUACAGGGUACCUGGAUCCCAGGCAGCCCAGCCUUUGCCCCUGGGCCCUGGGGUAAGGCCUGCUUUCUCUCAGCCGCAGCUGUUAAGAGGGCCAAGGGCACAAGCUCUUAACCCCAUGGGAUUCCCUGGAACAUGGCCUCUUUCCAGUCCCCUUCCACCUAUGGCACCCCCAGACACCAUGCAGGCUGCCUCUGCCUCCCUGCCUGAGACUCCUCAACUGCUCCAUCUGCUUCCAGUGAGACCACCAUGUCUCAGCCCUAUGAGCUUGCAGCCCCCAGCCCCUCCUGUCAGCUUCCCUGUGGCACACCCGCCAGGAGGACCAGGUGCUGCAUGCUCUAGUGCCAUCCCAACCACUGGCAUCUUGACUCCUCAUCCAGGACCUCAAGAUUCCUUGAAAAAUGCUCUAGCUCCCAGGGGAAACCGCCAGAGGAAAAAGUUGCCAGAGACAUUUAUGCCCCCAGCACCAAUUACAGCUCCAGUUAUGUGCCUCACCCCUGAGCCGCGAGGGGUCCUUUCCUCCCAGCCCCCUGUUCCCGGUGUGGGCCAUGGUCCCCCUGGAGCCCCAGGAGAAUUCAGCCUGCGGCAACUUCGGCAACAACCACCCAAGAAGAUGGAAAGGAAGGAGCUGCCCCCAGAGCAUCAGUCUUUGAAGACCAACUUUGAGGUGCUUCUACAACGUUGUUGCCUGUCAGCCACUGACUUAAAGACAAAACGGAAGCUGGAUGAGGCAUCCCAAUGUCUAGAAUGUCUAUAUGAAAAGCUCCGCGAGGGGACACUCUCGCCUCAUGUCCUGGCUGGGCUCCACGAGGUUGCCCGAUGUGUGGACGCAGGAAGUUUUGAGCAGGGCCUCACAGUGCAUGCCCAGGUGGUGGGCUGCAGCAGCUUCAGUGAGGUCUCCAGCUUCAUGCCUGUCCUGAAGGCUGUCCUCACCAUUGCUCAUAAGCUGCACCUCUAAACCAGGCAGCCUCCCUUGCCAGGAGGCCACUUCUGCUGUUAAUUAACUCCUCCCUGCAGAAAAGGGGAAUUUUGGAACAGAUUCUGUUUGUUUUUCCCAGCCCUCUUCUCUUGCUGCCAGGUAUGUGAUGCUGUAGGCUUGGCUCCAAAUCACCGGAGUGCCUGCUUUGUACCCCUGUAUGCCUGGCCUUCUAGGAUCUGCCCAAGGUUCUCUCAGCCUCUGAGGCAGAGCAUAGGGCCAGUUCUUUCCCUGAUACUGCACUCUGACAGGACCUGGGGCAUGGUGUCUUCUCCUCCAGGGUUAUUCUGUUUAAGUGGCUUCUGAGAGGGUGGCAGGAUCAUUACUUCCAAGUCUACCUCUACUGUACCCAUAUUCUAGGUCUUUUGUUUUUCCCCUUCUGUGGGUUAAGAGCCUGACCUUACCUUCUCCUUGCCUCUGACUUCAUAUUUCCAGGUCCAUAUUUCUCUGAGCUACACAGGCCGGGGUAGAUUUGACUGUUGAACGUUCACCCUUUGAACAAGUCAUGGACCUGAGGGAUGAGUGCUGAGCAGAACCAAGAGAAGGAACUUUGGCCCUUUUUAAAGGGAACUUCUUAUCUGCCAGCAUUAUUAAGGGUGGACUAGGUUAGGUGGAAGGUGGCAGGGGUGC